ACACUCCCAAAACGUGAAAAGAAAUCUGUGUCCGUAAAAUUACUCUUAAAAGCUGAGUUUUCCUCAACAGUUUCGCUUGCUGGCGCCAGAAUCCGGUAAAAUCGUUCCUGCUACUGUGAUUGGAACCGGAAAUAGCUAUCCACAUAGCUGAUUUGGUGCUGAAUUCACUGUUUUGAAUUACCGUUGCUUGGCUGAGGAUCGAUCAAGAACCAUGUUCGGAUCCAAACCCACCGGAUUCGGACAGCCAGCUGCCACCGGUGGUUUCGGCACUUUCGGAGGUGCUGCGCAAACGGCUAGUCCUUUCGGACAGGCAAAUACCUUCGGAAAGCCAGCCGGAACUGCAGGAGCUUUUGGAGCAACACCUGCCUUUGGCCAACAGGCCGCACCGUCCCUGUUUGGCCAGACACAGGCUGCCCCGGCUGGGGGAAGUCUGUUUGGGGCUAGCACCAGCGCGGCGCCAGCGUUUGCAACCACGGCCACCACUCAAUCUGGAUUUGGAACUUUCGGUCAGCCCCAGCAGCAGCAAACGUCGCUUUUCGGUACUCAAAAUAACACCGCCCCGAACACUUCUUUGUUCGGUAGUAACAACAAUAACAGCGCCUUCGGAGCGGCCAAGCCUGCAGGGUUCGGUAAUUUCGGCCAAACAACUACCCAAACGUCCCUGUUUGGACAGGCCAGCACUAGCCAAACAACAACCGGCGGUUUCUUUGGCCAGCAAGCAACCCAAGCAUCGGGGGGAUUAUUUGGAGCGAAGCCAGCAUUCGGAGGUGCUAAUGGAACGGCCGUCGCCCGAUAUCAGCAGACACCGUCCACCGAUACGUUGGUCAAGAAUGGACACUCCAACACAGUUCAGACUAAGCAGCACUGUAUCACCUUCAUGAAAGAAUAUGAGAACAAAUCUGUGGAAGAACUUAGGUUGGAAGAUUAUGAGGCCAAUCGGAAGGCACCACAGGCGGGUGUAGCGCCGGGCGGAUUUUUCGGCGCUCAACCAGCUGCUGCAACGCCGUUCGGAGCUGCUCCGGCUCAAAAUACUUCUUUGUUUGGUCAAACAACAACGUCGCAACCGAGUACAGGACUGUUUGGAAGCACAGCAAACACAUUUGGACAACAGACAGCGGCUCCAGCUUUCGGGACAGCUGGUACAACGGGAUUUGGUAAACCAUUUGGGCAAACAGCUACUCCUGCCGCGGGUGGGUUCGGAGCGUUUGGCCAAACAACUACAAACACUUUGGGUGGUGGUCUUGGAGCUCAAAAACCAGCGUUCGGAGCUACCACCGGCGGAUUGUUCGGACAAACGACACAACCCGCCACUAGCACCUUCGGGCAGACUCCUUCGUUUGGUUUUGGAGCCCAGAAUCAAACCCAACCGGCAGCUGGAGGGUUAUUUUCUGGAGCCACAACGAGCACGGCACCUGGAACGAGUGCAUUUGGUGGUGCACUGGGAACACAAACAACCCAAGCUGGGUUCGGGUUUGGAACCAAUACCGGUGCCAUUGCAACCAGUGGAGGAUUGUUUGGAGCAAAACCAGCCAACACGUUGGGAACCUUUGGAAGCUCUUUCGGGCAGAACCCAACAUCAACAGCCCCUACUUUUGGUGGUUUUGGGACAAACACAAGCACAGCCGGAUCACUUUUUGGGAAUACCUUUAACAAACCAGCUGCCCCUGCGUUUGGAUUGAACACUGCAACAUCUACAGGAAACACGUUUGGAGGAGGGCUAAAUUUUGGUGCCGGAACAAAUUCGAUGUUUGGCAACACUGCUGCUAAGCCGGGUGGUCUAGGUACGGGCACAUUGUUUGGAAAUACUUCAACUUUGGGAGGUGGUGGCGGAGCAUUUGGAGGAUUGGGUACCGGUGGUUUUGGCACUGGUCUUGGAGCACAGCCUGGAUUUGGAGCUCCCAAUCAACCUGCCCAAACGGCAGUUCCGAUUCACCAACAAAUAUUGGCUAUGGUGACAUCCCCCUAUGGAGAUAAUCCAAUUUUCAAGGAUAUUAAGCCACUUUCUGGUGCAACAGAAGAUUCGCUGAAACCAACCAACCCAUCGGCCCAAAAAGCAAUUCUAGAAGGUUCUAAUCAGCAGUUCAAAGUGUCCCCUAAAGUCACGGGAAACGGAGUAAAAGUUAAGCCAAUUGGUGCAGCAACAUUAUCGAAGAAAUCGUUAUUUGAAGGCUUGGAAGAAUAUGACAGCACCCUGGAAGAGUCAUUUUCAUUGAAGCCAAACGCCAAGCGGCUUAUUAUCAAGCCGAAAGCAGCUACACCUACAAUAACCAUACAAAACCGCUCGCACCUGGGUAACCAAAGCGCUCAUGGGGGAAAUGAAUCCAUCUCGAAAGAGGACACUGCUCCGAAGGAAACGUUCCAAAAUCAAAUUCCAACAGAGCCACAAUCCGCUGGCAGUGGGAAUCCACUGGAUAGCAGCCGCCGUGUUUCGUGGCUUCAAUCAAACGCUCUGGAUAAGGUUCGUCAAAGCAAUCGCUUGUCGGAAUCUGUUCUUGAGAGUACUAUUAAAGAAUUUGCUCCAACAUCGGCCAGCGCACAGUCAACUGCUACAUCGCUUGCUACAACCAAGGAAGGUUCACUGGACUCGCCGCCCCCAUCCCAAGCUAGCGGCUCUACUGGAAAGAAAGAUCCCGUUAGCACCAGCUCCCCAGUCAACGUCAAUGACUCGCUGCUGUCUUCGUCGAAUCGUUCCUUCCUAAACGACACUACUAACGCUACGGCUGAUAUUUCUGCUGUCUCUUCGAGCGCUACCGAAUUGGAAGGGGAUCCACAUCCUACGGGUAUUGUUUUGCGACGCAUCGGUUACUACACGAUCCCUUCGUUGGAUGAAAUUACCCAAUUGAUGGAUGAAGAAGGUCGGUGUAUUGUUCCUAACUUUACCAUCGGACGAAAAGGUUACGGAAAUGUGUACUUCAACGAACCAAUCGAUGUGGCCGGAUUAAAUUUGGAUGAAAUCGUUCACUUCCGCCAUAAGGAGGUCAUCAUUUACCCAGACGAUGAAAAUAAACCUCCAAUUGGACAGGGGCUGAAUAGAAAAGCGCAAAUUACAUUGGAUCAAGUGUGGCCCCAUGAUAAAACAUUGCAUGAACCGAUCAAGGAUGCCUCUCGUUUGGCAGUAAUGGAUUACGAGGGAAAACUUCGACGAGUUUGUGAUAAGCAUGACACACGAUUCCUGGAAUAUCGUCCCGAUACCGGAAGUUGGGUGUUCAAAGUUGAACAUUUCUCCAAAUAUGGGCUGAGUGACAGCGAUGAGGACGAAGCUCCUACGGAUCCAAAGAAAAGCAAACUAUUGCUCCCCGGCGAUAACCAAGCGGGUGCAAAAAAGCUUGGAGCAGUGCCUAAACAACCACCAAUGAUCCACCGUGAAAAAUACACUGAUGAUUUGAACUACUCCUUGAUGACCAACGAAUCGAUGGCCCCAACUAGCCCGACUGCAGCUCUAGCCCUCGGGAUGGGAACCGAUUCCCAUAAACUGCAACUUAUGAAGGCAUCCUUUUUCAUCGAGGAUGAUUUUGACCGCGGGUCGGUUAUAUCUGAAAUCACGGACGGCGGAAGAGAUAGUCCCGAUCAAACUGUACCCAACAAACCCUACCAUGGUUUGGGACGCACACUUGCCAGCAGUCUAUACAUGCGAAGUGAAGCUUCUUCCAAGCUGAUGGAUAACGAUUCGAUGCACAUGGACGACAUUUCAUCCUCGCCGGCACCCAUUUUUACAACAUCCACAAGUAAGACGCUUCAAGAGCAACAUCAGCCGAAACGGCGAGAAACCACCGUUGCAAAUAUACCGCGGCCCAUUGGACCGAAAUCUUUACCACUUAUUCUAAAACCACGUGUUGAACUGGUUCAUACAAACGAUUUAAUUCUACCACUAGCGAAAUCUGUUCUCAGCCGCUUCCUGAACAACAAAUCGGAUCUAGCUUUCUUCCAUGGGCGUCGUUUCAAAAUUGGAUGGACUUUUCCGUCGUCUUUGCUGCAGUUGAACUCUGAAGAUAACAGCUUGCGUCUCACCAAAUCCAAUGCCAUUCACAUUGGAGAUUUACACAACUUCUUCCGCGGGCGAACAGUGAAAGAUUUCUCCCCUGCCGUUUUACAGCUGCUUCAAAUCAAAUCAUCGAGUGACAUUCCAGACUUUCGUCGUACCGUAGAGGAACACCUGAAGAUUGAACUCAAGUACGAUCAUAUACGGAAAGUAGCCGGCAGUAGCUGCCCGUACUACGUCGCUGGGGGUAAACACGCUGGUUUAGCUGACCAUCUGGAAAUGGCUCGGCUUAUUGCCGAUGGUUCAGAGUUCGAAGCUCUAUGCGUCGAAGUGUGGUCUCUGUGUGCUGCUCUGUGGGGAGAACGCGAAGAGCUACAAGACGUCGAAGAAACUGCUCACAUGAGCAUUAUGUUCCGGAGAGAUCUCUUCUCUGAGUGGAUCGAACAGGUCGUCACUGAAGCAUCCACCAAACAAGUGGCAGCUGCUCUCAAAGGCAAGAAACAGGAAUACCUAGAUCAGCUACUUGAACUCAUUUGCACUCACAAGGUAGCCGAAGCAUGUGAACUAGCCUUCGAACAUAACGAUAUCAAUUUAUCGAUGUUGAUGGCUCAAAUUUCUGGAGGACCCACCGUUCGACAAUUAAUUCAGCAUCAAUUGAGCUCCUGGCAGGAUAUCGAAGCAGAUAAAUUUAUAGAGCCCCGUCGUUUGAAAGCGUUUAUGCUGAUCGCUGGAAUUCCCCUACUUUCCUCCAUUCAUGGAACAAUUAACAUCUUCGAAGGACUAGAAUGGCUCAAAGCACUGGCACUGCAUCUGUGGUAUCUCUGCUCACCGACUUCAUCCACCACCGACGCUCUGUUGGCCUACGAGAAAUCUUUCGAAUCAAAUGAGUUCUUCGCCUUUCCACCAUCCCCUGAAUAUACUUCUCGCAUUAAACUUAACGCUCCUAAACCCAUCCAUGACAUCCGGUUCCAUUUGCUGAAACUUUUCUCCAAACGCUCACACCCAAUAGAAACUCUUCUCAAUCCCGCUACCCAUACACCUGAUCCAUUGGACUUCCGUCUCUCCUGGUUCCUGCUUCAAGCAUUGGAGACUCUUGGUUAUCAUCAUUGCUCGGAAUUAUCUAGAAGCCAAAUACACACCAGUUUUGCCACUCAACUAGAAAAUCACGGUAUGUGGCAUUGGGCAAUCUUCGUACUGUUGCACUUGAACGAUCGAUCCCGUCGGGAGUUUACGAUCCAGCAGCUACUGUACCGGCACAUUCGUCUAACCAGCGACGAGGAAAAUGAUGUCGAUGACAACGAUCUCGACUACCUGGAACGGGAACAGUUUAUCGUCGGCGAAUUGGGGAUUCCGGAGGCGUGGAUAUUUUGGGCCAAAGCUGUACGGGCGGGUUCUCAGUUCAAUUACCAUCGCCAGGCCCGAUAUCUGCUGCGUGCCAAACAGUGGUCCCAGGCUCACGAGGUCAUCAUGGAACAUAUUGCACCGGACUGCGUUAUCAACGACAACAUCGCCUACUUGAAAUCGCUGUUGGCGGAAUUUGAAGAUGUGAAACAAAUCUCCAACUGGUCCAUCAAAGGCCAGAUUCUAAGAGACUUUAUCGAGCUCAACGAAAAGUUCGAUCUCAUCCGGGACGCCAUUGACGAUGAAGUUGCGGAAGCUCGCCUUGAACAGCUGAAACCGAAACUUUCGGAUUUGUGCUCGGUCAUCAAAAUGUUUCCCUGUCCGACGCCAAAGCACCGGCUCUGCCAGAGUGAAAUAGCCCAGCGGUUGGCCUAUCUGAUACGUUCGUUCUUCACGCAGGAUCCGAGCAUCAACAGCUGUGCACUGAUGCGCAACGCCCUGGAAAAACUACCCCUACCGCAAGAAUAUGCCUUAGAAGAGCUGCGGCAUAUGCUGAGCGCAUUUCUAGCGGAAGAUCUACGACGACAGUAAGAUAAAGGAGCAAUGAUAGGAAAAAAAAAUACGUUCUUGGAGUUGUCUGAAGAGUUUGACUUUUGAUUAGCUACCUAGUUCUUUUUUAACAUCAGCAACGAGUCAAAUUAAGCAAAUUAUAGUUUUCAGCACUGCAAGCAAACUAUAGCGAUAGGUUUAUAGUACCGUACACUUGUUGAUCGAAUACAACUCUCACAAUUAUACAUACAAUACAGACUAUACAACUAGAUCAGCCAGUUAUUAUUAUCUAGUAUCCAGUACACUAAAAGUUAUCAAACCAAGCAAUCGACUUAACCCGAGAAUCUUAAGCUAUUCUGUAAAACCAAGUUUACUUCCGCUUUAUUUCUACACUUAAUCAAUUCUUACAAAGACAACCAUGUUUUGUUUGUGUUUCUCAAUAUGUUGAUUGAUGAUAAUUACCUAUGCUAUAAUACUUAUUCACAACUUGUGCGUGUUGGUAAGAAGGGAGCAAAAUAGAAAUAAAAACUCUGUAUUUUACUAAGCUUUCUAGUUUAUAUUUAAGCUGAAAUAAGAAAAAAAAAUCAUAGAGUAACGUUUUUGAAUAUGGCUCUGGAAAAAAAAACAUAAAGAAACAAUAAAAUAAUGUUAGUUAGAGGAUUCAAA